AUGUGGUACAAACCGAGGAGGGCUUUAGCAGGACCAGGGGAAGUAUCAAUCCCUCCUAUCGCGGCCAACGGCUUUCUCGACUACGAGGGAGAGCUUUGUAUCGUGUUGUCGCGUCAUGCGCGAGAUGUCAAGGUCGAAGAAGCCUCCGACUACAUCCUCGGGUACACCAUCGGCAAUGACUUGACUGCACGAUCUUACCAAGACCCGAAGCGUGGCGGCGGCCAAUUCACCCGAUGCAAAGCCUAUGACGGGUUUGCGCCUCUGGGGCCGAUCCUCACGAACGCGAAGACAUUCGGCAGCGUGGGGGACAAGAGGAUCAUCACAAAGCCCGGAGACCCUAGUCAGCUUCCUUUCCCAAGGAACAACUCUGCCAGCAGGCACGGUGAUUAUGACGGGUUCGCCACCAGGGAUUGGGUAUUUCCAGAACCCCAAGCGUAA